AUGGCUUUUCUUGAUCCACGUAGCUGUGAAUGUGUGAAGUCCGAACUAGAUUUAUUCGCUUUACCGACUACCCAAACUAGCAUUGAAAAUGGACAGUGGUUGCACUACAACACUUUAAACAGCAUUACAGACGAUGGUCCUUUGGAAUUUGUGGUGAACGGGGCCGAUGAGUACAUCGAUCUAUCGCACACGCUUCUUUUGCUGAAUGUAAAACUUGUUAAGGAGGAUGGGACAAAUUUUGCUGCUACCGAUAAAAUUGCACCUGUUAAUAACAUUUUACAUUCUCUGUUUAGCCAGAUUGACGUUUAUCUAAAUCAAAAAUUAAUUUCACCCCCAAAUAACACGUAUGCUUACAAAUCGUAUAUUGAAACUUUGCUAAAUUAUGGCCCAGCUGCUAAAAAUUCUCACCUAACGUGCGGCUUGUGGUACCCCGAUACACCCGGAAAAAUGGAUAACGCCGAUGAUGAUAACGAUGGAUAUAAGAAACGUAAAAUGUUUACAAAAGAAAGUAAAGAAGUAGAUCUGAUCGGGCAUCUUAAUUGCGAUCUUUUCAAUCAGAGUAAAUUUUUAAUUAACGGUGUGGAGUUACGAGUAAAAUUGGUUCGUUCAAGAAAUAAUUUUGCAUUAAUGGCCGAUGGAACGACGACCGGAAAAAUACAAAUUAACAACGCCACGCUACUUGUGCGACGAGUUAAAAUAAGCCCAACCGUGAUGUUAGCUCACGCAAAAGCUUUGGAAUUGUCAUCUGCGAAGUAUCCCAUCACUCGCACCGAGAUAAAAGUACUGACGCUGCCUCAAGGUGUACUUUCCAAAUCUCUGGAUAAUAUCUUUUUGGGUCAACUGCCAAAACGUAUUGCUGUAUGCUUUGUAUCAAACAAGGCAUUCAACGGUGACUUUACGUUGAAUCCAUUCAACUUUCAACAUUUCAACUUGAACUUUAUGGUUCUAUAUGUCGACGGUCACCAAGUACCGUGUAAACCAUUUCAGCCUGAUUUUGCGGGACCAAGUAAAAAAUACGUUACCAUGUAUCACACGUUAUUUUCCGGGACCGGAAUGCAUUUUCUUAAUGAGGGAAAUGAUAUAUCACGCGAAGCUUAUUCGGGAGGGUACAGCGUCGCCGUUUUUGAUCUCACGCCGGAUCUUUCAGCGGGUUCCAUGACUCAUUGGAAUCUCGUUAAAAAUGGAAGUGUUAGAUUGGAAGUGGCGUUUCAGACUGCUUUGACGGAAACGACAAACUGUUUAAUUUAUGGAGAAUUUGACAGCGUCAUAGAAAUUGACAAAAAACGCAACGUUGUUGUAGACUUCAGUAGUUAA